AUGGAAAAGAAGAGGAUGAAACCUAACCUGGCCGUUGUCUAUACCAAAUACAAACAUUGCUUACAUAUGUUAAUACGCUUUAGCGAUAUGUUAAAAGACAAAAUGGAAAUUGUAGAUGAUUUAAUUAAAAACUGUUGUUGGAAGAAACAGAAGGAAGCCAUGUUGAAUCAUCAAAACCAGAUCAAAGCUGCCACUUUACUGACCAGCAAAGCAUCAGCUCAUAACAUGGAUAAUGAAUUGAGUCUGAAUGAAAGAUGUUUUUCUAUUUGCAUUGACUCUACUCUAUCAAAUUUGUGCUUCCCAAAAUAUAUUAGAAGAAAAAGAUGUGUGCAAAAGCUCGGUUCUCAAAUAUCACUCCUCUCAUCACCUACAGUAAAAUACAUAGACUUUAUGAUAACAAUAUCCAGAUUUGACGCCACAACUUCUGUUUCUGCGCAGAAAAUUGAGCACUUAUUGAAAGCAUUAUUCAUUGUACUUGUUACCAAUGUUCGUGCAACAGAACGUCUUAAAAAUACAGCACCUAGUUUGUCAGUGUGUCAAUACUCACCCUCGAAUGACUGCGCCGUAUGUUUCCACCAGGUGCAACUUUCCGAAAACAACGAAUGCCGUCAGCCCAAAGAGUAUGGCUUCCAAAGAAAACAUAAGAAAAAAAGGCUUUCAUUAUUAAGCCCUCCAAGGAUGCUUUACGUACUCACUUUGACGGUGGUACGAAUCUCAAGGCCCAUUAGUUUUACCGUUCAUUGUCCAAUCGUGCACUUACGGAGAGUACUAGAGCGCGACGAUCAAGGCUAUUUACUCUUAAUUGUUUAUCAAUUAUUAGAGCAUAAUGGUAUCCCUAACAAAUGA